UCUUCUUUCCCCUCCCUCUCUUCUCUCUCUCAUCUUCAUCUUCUUCAAUCUUCUCCUCCCAUGGCGGGUUUGCCCACAAACCCUUCUAACCUAGAUUUAUCCAUCUCCAUGCCUGGUUUUUCUACUGGGACUAGUUUUGUGAGAGAUUUGGACAUAAAUCAAGUUCCUACAAGAGGAGGAGUGGGAGAGGAGGAAUGUGUUGACGACGAUGAUGAUACUAACGCCGGCGCCGGCGGAGGACCGCCGUGGAAGAAACUCCGGCUGACGAAAGAACAAUCUAGACUUCUUGAAGAAAGUUUUCAACAAAAUCAUACCUUAAAUCCAAAACAAAAGGAAACAUUGGCAAUGAAGCUGAUGGUGAAGCCGAGGCAAGUGGAGGUGUGGUUUCAAAAUAGGAGAGCCAGGAGUAAGCUAAAGCAAACAGAAAUAGAAUGUGAGUACUUAAAAAGGUGGUUCGGGUCUUUAACCGAGCAAAACAAGUUGCUCCGGAAGGAGGUGGAGGAGCUUCGGGCUUUGAGGGUGGCGCCGCCACCCAACAGCUGCGAGCCAAUGUCGGCUGGCACCCUCUCCAUGUGCCCCCGGUGCGAGCGAGUCACCGCCACCACAACUGCAGCCAAUGCCUCGAGCGACAUCAACAGGACCUUGUCGGAUAAAGCCCAGAUGUUCCCGACCCGUCAUCCUUCAGCUGCUUGCUAGAAUUCAAGUUAAACAUAUUUGUGCUCAUAUUAUAAUAUAAUUCAUACUAGAGAAAUGUUAAGAGGAAAGUAAUAUAUUAAAGGAUAAAGAUUAUAGAUGGAGUAGGCAAGGUUUAUGGAUUACUAAUUUACUAUUACUAGAGAUACUAACAUAUAUUUACUUAUUAACUUAUAAUAUUUUAUGUUGAGGUUUCUGUUU